GUAGAAGCCCUGAGCUGACGUCACUUCUCUUGAGUUGCUUGGUAGUGAAACGGAGGAGAGGAGAGUCUGUUCAAUCUGCGAAUAGAGACCAACACAUUCAGUCACACUCCCACCCCGGACUCUAUUACCUACUGACCAAAUCUCCAUUCAUCUCUUUCCAACAUCCUUUACACAGCGCUAAACUGGGACGCAAAUAAAUAGAAUUACCCUCUUCUUCACCCUUUAAAGGGAUACACCGAGUUCCAGCGAUAAGGUGGAGGGCAGGGAUGUCACAGAACUGAGGACGGUCUCAUACAAUAUGGAGUUUGGAGAGCGGCUGGUCUCCCCGUCACUGGCACCACCCUCCUUUCACAUGGCCUCCUCCUCAGCCAGCUCCUCCCCUGCUCCACCCAAAACACCCUCCACCAAGAGCAGCCCGACCCCCGGCCCUGCAGGCAGCUCCCCUCUGACCACCUGUGGCCAGCUGCCCAGGAUAAAGGGGGAGAAACAUUUCAAUCUGCCUCCCUACUCCAAUGAUUCUCCUUUGGUCAUCCAUCCAGCUUUUGGUCCUUUCACAUCAAACUCAGGACGCUCUGAGUUUGGAGGCCUGGGAAGUCUUGGAUUGUCUGCCCUGGCUGCUCACUCACAGUUUGGUGCAAUUCCAGACUGGUGGCGACCCUCUGAGGCACACACCAGAGGAGCAGCAGCAGCCUUCUUCCCUCCUCUUAUGGGUCUUCAUCCUUUGUUUGCAUCAACCUUCAAGGGCCAUGAUCCAGUACCCUUGCAGUCAUGUGCCUCAGGGAACUCUGCUGUGAACACUAGUUCAUUUUCAACAAAGGGACACAAGGAGAAAACUAAAGCCAACAGGACUCAAAAGAGCAGCCUGGACCUGAGUCAACCGCAACAGAAGACCAUUCAGAAAACAAAAGAAAAGAAACCCAUUAAAAGACCACUAGAGACCUCCAGCAUGAGUGGCAGCCAAUCUGGAUCACUGUCAGACAGCUCCAGUGACGGUGAGGAGAGCAGCAGUGAUCCUGAUGACAUGGAGGAUGAUGAGGAAGACAAUGAUGAAGAUGAGGAGGAUCAGAGCAUUGACAGUGAGGACUCGGAUUCGGAAGUGGAAAGUGGAGUGAAAAGGAAAGUCCAGCGGCUGACACAGAACACUUCAGAGAGUAAAAAGAAGGGAUCUCGCUCUGCCGAGGAAAACACAACCCAUGACAGUCACCGUGACAUUGUCCCUUCGACUUUGUACCAACCCCACUCUUCUUCUCACCCUGCUGCACAGCCACAGUCAACAGCACUGUUCCUCCAGAGUUCCAGGACCGCAGAGGACAACAGCCAACAGCACAUCAGUGUCAUCCAGACCACAGGGGUGGCAGCUGGAAACAGUCCUCAAGGAAAGUCCAGCAGAGUGGCGUCCUCCAAUCCAAGCUCCUUGUCUAACUCACCAAAAUACUUACCUCCUUCCAUGUCACCAAAGCACAGCGCUGUCUCCUCCUCUCCCAAACCUCUUGCUCUCUGCUCUCCUUCUAAACCUCUCUCACUGUGCACCUCGCCCAAACCUCUGGCCCUGUCCUCUUCACCCAAACAGCCAACAAUGUUAGCUUCACAAGAGCCCCGGCACAAAUCCAGGUUCUUGAUGCCCUCUCCAAAACACAACAAAAAGGUGAAUGGCAUAAUGGAGAGCAGUGGCAACUCUCCUGAUGAAAGAUUGUCGCUCCUCAACAGCUUUAAAUUGAAACAGCCCCUCCAUUCCAAGAACCCUGUGAGGCAAGCUUCUUCUCUGCCACCUAAGAGCCACGACCGGUAUAAAAGCUCAGCAUCCUCUUCCGGUGAUAAGCCAUGGUCCGAUCCGUUGAGGAGUCAUUUACUGUCCCUCCAACACAGCAACGACACAAAUCUGUUCCUGAGUGGCCCCCUUAAUGGACUGAACCACAACGCAGUUCAGGAAGCCCCCUUGGCCCUCAUCACUAAACCCCGCAGCCAGAGCAGCAGCAGCCCCGCUAGAAAGCCACUCCUAGCAGCCUCAAGCCCUCCAUAUCCAAUGCCCAUCAACUUAAGUACCGGCACCAAGGAAAUGUCAGGCAGCUCUUCUUCCUCUCUUAAAUCUUCUGCCUCAUCAGUACUGGCUCACAGAUCAAGGAAGACCAAGACUACCAAGUCUUUGAAAGCAGGGUCGAGUCUCUCUAAGACGAGCCCAACCUGUCCACCUGUAGACUCGGUGCAAGGCAGUGAGUCUGAUAUCCACAGCAGCAAAGACUCGGAUGAUUCUUUAGGAGAUGACUGCGAUGACGACGAUGAUGAUGAUGAUGAUGAAGGCGAUGAAACUGAGGAUGGAGAUUCUGGCAGUAGCCUGUCAGAGUCAGAGAGCAAUCUGGAGAGCGACUCUGACUCUGAUGAAAUAAAGAAGCGCAAUGGGACGGAAGCAGACAGCGACUUGGACAGGACUCCUCUGAAACUUGCUAAAGCCCCUUCGUUUACAUCCCAGUCUUCUUCCUCCUUGGAUCUUUCAGCUAACUCCUCACUGCUUAACCUGCCAAUCAUCAAGCCUCCCAGUUUACCAAGUAGCCUGCUUAACACAACCAUUACAAUGACAAGCUCAGGGGCGCUGAGUAACCACACCACCUUAUCGCCUCCCUUCACAUUUUCUGCACUGCCAGGAUCGGGGAAGAGGAGGAGAGUGACGGAUGAGAGAGUUCUGCGGUUGCCUCUUGAAUUUGGGUGGCAGAGAGAGACCAGAAUCAGGACUGUGGGGGGUCGUCUACAAGGAGAGGUAGCUUACUUUGCUCCGUGUGGGAAGAAGCUGCGUCAGUAUCCUGAUGUGAUGAAGUACUUGCUAAGGAAUGGAAUAACUGAAAUCUCACGAGAUAACUUCAGUUUCAGUACGAAAAUCAAAGUUGGUGACUUCUAUGAAACUAGAGAGGGACCAGAGGGUUUACAGUGGUUUCAGCUGACAGAGGACGAAAUCACUCCCAGGAUCAUAGCCAUGGAUGGGAGGCGCAGCCGUUCCACAAAGUCCGAGCACCAGCCGAUGGGUGAUGUCACUGCAGCUCUACAAUGGCAGACUCAUCCUGUUAACAUCGGGGAAAAUAACUUACACAACGUCAGUGAUGCCAAGCUGCUGCGCAAACUGGAGGCUCAAGAGAUAGCUCGACAAGCUGCUCAGAUCAAAAUGAUGAGGAAACUCGAGAAGCAGGCCGUGGCACAAGCAGCAAAACAGGCAAAAAAGCAACAAGCUAUAAUGGCUGCAGAGGAGAGGCGGAAAAAGAGGGAGCAGAUGAAGAUCCUUAAACAGCAAGAGAAGAUCAAGCGCAUUCAGCAAAUUCGUAUGGAGAAAGAACUCCGAGCACAGCACAUUCUCGAGACAAAAAGAAAGAAGAAAGAAGAAGCAGAAAAUGCCAAAAUCUUGGAGGCCGCAAAGAGAAACAAAGAGAAGGAGAUAAGAAGAUUGCACGCUGUCAUAAUGAAGCACCAGGAGUUGGAGAGGCAUAGACUAGAUAUGGAGAGGGAAAGACGCAGGCAGCACAUGAUGCUCAUGAAGGCUGUGGAGGCCCGCAAGAAGGCAGAGGAGAAGGAGCGUCUGAAGAAAGAGAAGAAGGAUGAGAAACGGUUAAAUAAGGAGAGGAAGCUGGAGCUCAGACGACUGGAACUGGAGAAAGCAAAGGAGCUGAAAAAGCCAAAUGAAGACAUGUGUUUAGCAGAUCAUAAGCCACUUCCAGAGCUGUCCCGGAUCCCCGGUCUGGUCUUACCAGGAGGUACUCUCUCCAAUUGCCUGACGGUGCUGCAGUUUUUGCGCAGCUUUGGAAAGGUCCUGAGGUUAGACAUAAACCUGAACACGCUCAGCCUUAGUGUCCUUCAAGAGGGCUUGCUCAACAUUGGGGACAGCAUGGGCAAGGUGCAGGACCUGCUGGUGAGCAUGCUCUCUGCGGCUGUGUGUGAUCCUGGCAUACCUGCAGGUCACAAGAGCAAGACCACUUUGGGGGACCAUGUGACUAAUGUGGGUAUCAAUAGACACAAUGUGUCUGAGAUCCUGCAGAUAUAUAUGGAGGCUCAUUGUGAGCAGACGGAGCUGACUGCCCUGUCCCUCAGCCUCAGGACCAAAGCUUUUCAGGCCCACAGUCCGUCACAGAAAGCCUCUCUGCUCGCCUUCCUGGUUAACGAGCUCUGCUGCAGUAAAGCUGUGAUCAGCGAGAUCGACAAAAACAUAGAUCACAUGACCAACCUGAGGAAGGAUAAGUGGGCCGUGGAGGGGAAGCUUCGCAAACUGAGGAGAAUCCAUGCCAAGAAGACAGGGAAGAGAGACAGCUGUGUUGGGGGAGAGGAUAGGCAAGCCUUUGUUAUACCGACUGCAAGGAACAAAUCAAAGAGGAAAGAAGGGGACAGUGAGGAAGAAGAGGAUGAAGACGAUGACAGCGAAGACCAAGGAGACGAUGACGAUGAGGAGGAGGAAGAAUCAGGGGGAAAGAAAGGAAAAAAAGCAGAGAUUUGUGAGGAGGAGGACGACAGUGUUCACUCAGCCAGCAUGGAGGAGCUGGAGAAACAGAUAGAGAAAACGUACAAGCAACAGAGUCAAAUCAGACAGAAGUUAUUUGACUCCUCUCACUCACUGCGCUCCAUGACGAUUGGACAGGACCGCUACAAGAGACGUUACUGGAUCCUACCACAGUGUGGCGGCAUCUUUGUGGAAGGCAUGGAGAGCUGUGAAGGUUACGAAGAGGUGCAGAAGGAGAAGAAAAGGCAGCAAUCUGCUCAGGGGAUCAGGAUUAAAGAAGAGCACCUUGAAGACGCAAAGAAGCCUGUGGUUUUCAGCCCAGCACUGAGCACCGACAGUGAAACGUCUACACCUGAGAGCCAGCAGGACAAAGAGAGUCUCAAUCUCUUUCUUCAAAAACCCGGCUCCUUCUCUAAACUCAGCAAACUCCUGGAAGUCGCCAAAAUGGCUCAUGAUUCAGACAUCGAUCCUCUCAGCAGUCAUAAAAAUCACUUUAGCACUACAUCUCAUCCAUCACAUCCCAGUCCUCAGACAGCUAUCGCUCAGCAGGGACUGAUAGAUAAAACAGACACUUCAGCGCUCAAAAGUAGACACGAGUCGAUCUUUCAUGAAGACCAGCUCUGCAAGGUACUGACGGAGAAGAGCAACCAGUGGUUUAGCCUGUUGCCUCGCUCUCCUUGUGACGAGUCCUCUGUGACGUCUGGCUCCAGUCCUGCAGGCGCGUCCUCUCCUCUACAGACAAACGGCAACAAAUCACCCCUCUCUUCGGAUCCUGUAGCUACAGACAGCUCAAGUGUUCCUGCUGGGAUCAAUAACAUGCAGUCAUCUGCCCUUCAGCACCUGAAGCCAGGCGUUCAUCAAAGCAGACCAACACUGUGUGACAUGUCAAGCGCCUCAACGACUCCCAGCCUGCCCUUCUCUGUUACUGCUGUACCCCCCAUGCUGGAUGUGUCCUCCCAGCAUGAAGAGGGUAAUGUGAACAGGGUCUUCUUCCCGGAAAACAACAACAAGAGCCAGACCCCAGAGCCCUCCAGUGACAAGCCAGCUUGUGGUUCACUCCCCGCUGCGGAGGGGGCCAAGACCCAGGACUACCCCAGUCCUCAACCGAUCCACGAGGAGAUGCUGCGUGGCUGGUGGAUGGUGUCAGACAUGGACAAACUGCACAGCCUGAUGAAGGCCCUUCACAGCCGGGGCAUCAGAGAGAAGGCCUUACAGAAACAGAUACAGAAACAUAUGGAGUAUAUGACCCAGCUCUGUGCCAGCAGCAAAGAUGUGAUUGAUGUGGCACAUUUGGAGAAGCAGGAGGUGAGUGAGGAGACAGUGGAGAGUUGGUGUGUUGAAGAGCAGGCCAUGGAGGUGGACAUCAGCUUGUUGCAGCAGGUCGAAGAGCUGGAGAGAAAAGUGGUCUCUGCCAACCUGCAGAUCAAGGGCUGGAUGCCUCCGGAGCCGCAGUCAGAGAGUGAAGAACUGGUCUACCAUGAGAACAAGCCCUUCUCUUCCUCACCCGUUCUAGAGAGAAAUAGACGCAGAGAAACCAGCCAGGAGGAACUUCCUGGCAAUGUGGUGCGGCGGGCCAACAAUCCCCUUGAUAUAGCUGUCAUCAGGCUGGAAGAGCUGGAGAGCAACAUUGAGCGAAGCAGUGAGGAAGCAGCUGCUCCGGGUAUGAGGUUGUGGCAUAAAGCGAUCAGUGAGGUCCGCAGCUCUGCUCAGCUGUCGCUCUGCAUUCAGCAGCUUCAGAAAACCAUCACCUGGGAACGCUCCAUCAUGAAAGUGUACUGUCAGCUUUGUCAAAGAGGGGAUAAUGAAGAGCUGCUUUUACUGUGUGACGGCUGUGACAACGGCUGCCACACAUACUGCCAUAAACCCAGGAUCACCACCGUACCUGACGGGAACUGGUACUGUCCUGCUUGUGUGGAAAAGCAGUCUGCCGUGUGCGCUGUCACUCUGGAAAGUGGUCAAUCCCCCCGGAGCAGGAGGCACCAGAGUCGAACAGCUGGAGGAGGGAAGAAAGGCAGCGAGGUAAAACGAAAUAGCAAGCCAUCUGUGGUAGAAGAGCUCAUCAGAGAGGAAGCUGCCAGCAGCAACGGUGUGCCAAAGAAAGGUACCAAGGAGUUCAAGAAGAGGAAAGGAGAUGACAGUCCGCAUGGCUCCCAGAGCGGGCAUGAAAGCCCUGUCUCAUGCGCAAAAAAAGCCAAAACAGCCCAAGACGAGAAAGCAUAUGGGUUGGAGAUGUGUCGAGAGCUGCUGUCUGAGCUUGAGAGCCAUCUAGAUGCGUGGCCCUUCCUCAAACCAGUCAACCAUAAAUCUGUCCCCGGAUACAGGAAGGUCAUCAAGAAGCCCAUGGACUUCUCUACCAUCAGAGAAAAGCUCACCAACAACCAGUACUUGAAUUUGGAAGGCUUCAUUGUGGACGUGAACCUUGUUUUCGAGAACUGUGAAAAGUUCAAUGAAGAUGAUUCACAAAUUGGACAGGCCGGCCACAGCAUGAGGAGAUUUUUUGACAAACGAUGGACUGAACUGCUGCAGUAACAUACUCCAGUUUGAACUUUCGAAGUUUCUCUCUACUUAUCAAACUUCAUCUUUUGUCAUCAAGGCCUCUUAGACUACUGUGGCACUAAAUCAGCACAUGGCUCUGAAGUGUAAUGAGAAAGGACAAAUCUCCAGACUAAAACCUCAAAGUGCAAUACUCUUGUCUUGUCUUUUUCAAAAUACACUGACUUUGGACUCAAUAUGGACUCUAUUUGAAAAGAAUAGAUUCACUCUGUAGAUACUGUACGUCAUAAUCAUUUUUAUAUCAGUACUUAAGUUUAUAUGUGUGUAUUUAUUUUCUUAAGUAUUUAUGUUACAACUAGUCUUUUUUUAGAAAAAGCAGAAAAUAGCAAACAGCUUUAAAUAAAAAGUAAAGAUUGUUAUACAGACUAUUAAACAAGCCAAUAAAAAUAAUUGUUUACAGCUUAAGGUCACAGCAGUACCACUGCUCAGCUGAAUUUUUGAGUUACAUGUGUGAAAUACAAAGAGGAAUCACUGUCACUUCUUAAAAGUCUUAAAUCCAAACUGUUCACACAGUAACAAUCUUGCUAAGAUAUUGCUAAUGCUUACAGAUGAUUGUAGCACUCCAUAUGUCUGAUACUGUUCUUUGUCUGCGCCGAUUAUCCACUCCAAACACUGCAUCCUGUUGGUAUUGUAGUGCCUGACCUCUGACCUCUAAACAGUGUACAGACAAGUGUUUUUUUUUCAGUGUGUGUACUAUACAUGUGUCCUGCACAGUAUACUGCAGUUAAACCCUAAAAUGUAAAAAAUCUUUUCAGCCCCUGAAGAGAGUCAACAUGGUGCAUAUACUGUUUCUUCUUCAAGCAUUUCCUUCAGUCACAGUCCUGUCGGACGUCCUGUGGACAGACCUGAAGCCUGUGCUGGGCUUCAAUCCAGUGGGGAGUCAGUCAGUGUCACGGUCCAGCGGAGGCGUCUCUGUCUCCUGACAGCUGAAGCCAGAAGACUUGAAGUUACUGUAUUUUGUUAUGAAUGUUGUGAAAUGAGUAGUGACUUUUAUUAGGAGUGUUAUUUUGAAAUAAUGGGUGUGUGGCACAGUUAAAAUAAACCUGUUUCUCAUAAUAAAUCUGUCAGGCCCUCACAGUGGCCCACAUUUACUCUCUUUGAUAGCACCAUCAUUGUGAAGUUCAGAGUCAGUAAAAUAAUUCAAUAAUAAUCAAAUGAAACUUUUGAAUGCUCGAUUGAACUGAUCAAAUAUUUGUCUGAUUGAUGUGGGUUACAUAUUGCUCCAAAAUUAAAAGAAAUAAGAGUCAA